AUGCGUCUUAAGUUGCAGUCUUUGUUCCGACUUCUUAUGUGUAUAGGAUUUAUCAGCUUCCUUUACAUAUUUAUAAACUUUUCUGCUUUAAAUCCUUAUGGUGAAGAUGCUCAAUUUAAAACAUCCAAAGGUGGUCUGGUAGAUUAUCAUGACUACAAACUCAUGGAACAGGAUAGUCUUCGUCGGGGUCCUGGAGAACAAGGUGCCCCUGUUUAUCUCGAAGGCGAAGAAAAAGAACAUUCCCGACGCGUUUUUACCGAAAAUGGAUUCUGUCAAGUGGUUAGUGACAAAAUAGCUCUUGAUCGAGCUAUUCCUGAUCUACGUCAUGAACAAUGUAGCUCCAAACGAUAUUCUGCCAAUCUUCCAUCUGUGUCUGUUAUUAUACCUGUCUUUCAAGAGCAUUGGACUACGUUGUUGAGAUCUAUUGUUACUGUAACUAAGCGCGCCCCUCCUGGUAUCAUCAAGGAAAUAAUUCUAGUUGAUGACGGAAGUGAAAAAGAAUUCCUCAAAGAUAAAUUGGAUAAUUAUUCGAGAACAGCUUGGCCUGCUGGGUACGUAAAAGUCCUCCACCAUAAAGAGCGAACGGGUCUUAUUACAGCUCGUUUGACCGGCGCCAAAAUCGCUGUUGGAGAUGUGCUUGUUUUCCUUGAUUCUCAUGUAGAAGCUGGUACCAACUGGUUGCCUCCUCUUCUUGAUCCUAUUGUGAGGAAUUAUCGAACUGUUGUGUGCCCAUUCAUUGAUGUUAUCGACCAUGACACUUUUGAAUAUCGCGCUCAAGAUGAUGGUCGACGUGGAGCGUUUGAUUGGAAUCUUAAUUACAAGCGCCUCCCUAGAUUGCCUGAAGAUGCCGAACACCCGGCGGAAAAUUUUGAUAGCCCUGUAAUGGCGGGAGGUCUUUUUGCGAUCAGUGCGAAGUGGUUUUGGGAAUUGGGUGGAUAUGACCCUGGUCUGGAGAUUUGGGGAUGUGAGCAGUAUGAGAUAUCAUUCAAGAUUUGGAUGUGUGGUGGGAACAUGGUAGACACUCCUUGCUCAAGAAUCGGACAUAUUUAUCGUGGAAAGGCUAACUUUCCAUCUGUUCUUAGAGGAGACUUUUUAAGUCGCAACUACAGACGCCUUAUGGAUGUUUGGAUGGACGAAUACACUAAGUAUAUCUAUCAACGACGACCCCACCUACAAAAUGUCGACCCAGGAAAUUUGUCCGCACAGAGGGACCUCCGUGAUAAGCUCCACUGUAAAUCCUUUCAUUGGUUCAUGGAGAAUAUUGCAUUCGAUUUGCGCAAAUACUAUCCUCCUAUUGUCCCAAUGCCUGGUGCUACUGGUAGGAUCCACAAGGCUUCGGAUAUGUCUUACUGUAUCACUACCUCUCAUUCCGAAAUGGCCUUGGCACAUUGCUCCGAAACCAAUUCUGAGUACGAGCUUACUUGGCAUGAAGAUGUUGCUCUCAAGGAUACGAAUGACUGUUGGGACGUGCCAAGGACAAGUCGUGGCUCUCCAAUCAAUCAGUAUGCCUGUCACGGUCAAAGGGGUAACCAGCACUUUACUCUGCGUUGGUUGCAGGGUGUGGACACAAACCCUGUUAUGAUUAAACAUGUUCCUUCUGGCACCUGUGUGGAAGCUGACGUUGCUACCAUGAAAGUCUUCAUGGCUCCCUGUGAUGUGGAGGCCACGGCUCAACACUGGCGUUGGGAUACAAUCCAAUGGAAGAAAGCAAAAAAACACGAAAAGGAAUUGCAUUUGGAAGCGUAG